AUGCAACAUCUCUCUUCCUGCUUUUGCCUGGUGGCUGUAUUAGUACAACGAGUCCUUGCCGAUGCAGCCUUGGUAUUCGACGCCGACGACUACAACAGCGGAUACUAUGGAGCGAACCCCAACCAGACAUAUUACUCUUCCGACAUCGUCUCUCCCCUCUUACAGGUCAACGAGUGGGAUAAGGGUAGGACUGACUCCGAUACCAUUCGAGUAUAUCAAUUACUGAUCCCCACCCCCUUCAGCAACGCUCCGUACAUCUUCCUAGCCCUAGCCAGUCCACUAGGAACAGAAUCUGGCCCCGUCAUAUUGAGGGCCGAUGACCUCAGCCUCGUUUAUGCCGAGCCCAAGUGGCCAAAUGCACACAAUGCCCAUGUAGGUACUCUCCACGGUACCGACUAUCUCGUCUUCUUCGAGGGAGUCCAGCGAAACGGACAGUGGGCAGGACAAUGUCUCAUAUACGACUCUUCCUACGAGCUUGUACACAACAUCACAGCGAAAGGUAUCAACGCCUCGGUCGACAUCCAUGAAUGUCAGAUGACAACCUCGGGUUCCGUUUUGAUUACGGUCUAUCAACCCAUAAUCUACGAUUUGACCCCCGUCGGCGGACCGCCAAACGGGGAGCUCGUGGACAACAUUGCUCAGGAGAUUGACGUCGAGACAGGAGAGCUUCUCUGGACGUGGCGGGCUUCUGACCACUACGACCUCGCGGAUUCGUAUGUGAAGUACAAAGCUUCGCCAGGGGGCUGGGACUUCUUCCAUAUGAACAGCAUUGAUAGGUCCGCCGAAGGAAACUUCCUGAUAAACAGCCGGCACACUCAUACUGUCACAUACGUCGAUGGCAGUACUGGAGACAUCAUCUGGACACUUGGUGGGAAGAAGAACGACUUCAGAGACAUAUCCGAUGGCAAUGCUCUCAGCUUUGGCUGGCAACAUCACGCACGCUUCCACGAUGACGACCUUACGCAGGUCACGUUCUUUGACAACCACAACGUAUCUACCACCCCCGACUGUACCGUAAACUGCUCGCGGGGUCUGCAUCUCCAGCUCGACUUCGAGGACAUGACAGUUCAAGUCGUCAACGAGUACUUCCAUCCGCAUAGUCUCGUCACCGGCUUCAUGGGAAGCUACCAAUCCACGCCCAAUGGCAAUACUCUGGUCGGCUGGGGACCGAACCCCACAUUCACAGAGUACACGCCUGACGGGGAAUGCGUGCUCGACGUCCAGUUCGAUGCCUGGGCCCCUCCCAGCGGCGGUCGGGGAAACUACCGAGCGUUCAAGAUGGACUGGAAGGGUUUCCCAAGCUGGGAACCCAGCAUCGCCUCCACGGCGGCCGGUUCAGCCCUGAAUGGCUCGACUGGCUCGAACGUCUUUGUCAGCUGGAAUGGGGCGACCGAGGUCAAAUCCUGGCAACUGCUCCGCGGCGGCACGCCUGAGUCGGUCGUCAGCUUGUCGAUGUUGGUCUCCAGGGCGGGUUUCGAGACGAAACUUGCUGUGAAGGCGGGCUCGCGCUACGUGCGCGCGCUGGCUCUCGAUGCGGAGGGACAGGUUCUGGGGGUGACCAGCAUCGUGGAUCUCAGGACCAACAAGGCUGUGCCGGAUCCCGAAUCAGUUGUCUAG